AUGGCUGACGACUCUUAUCGACCACAAAGAGAGAGAUCUCGUUCACCUCGUCGACAACGCUCUCGUAGUCCAGGACGCACUCAACGCCGUCGUUCAUACUCUCCUCGCAGUCGCUCUCGCAGCCGUGACGAACAUCGCAGAAACGAUCGCAGAUCUCGAUCCCCAAUGUCGGGUGCUGCUGGUGUAGGUGGUUCUGGAGGGUCAGCUUACGGUGGACAACCACAUAGGACAUACGAAGAGAGAGCUGCGGCUAGAGAACAAAUGAUGAGCAGUCUACGAGAAUCUUCGCAACAAGACCGUCGUGUUUAUGUCGGCAAUUUAUCAUACGAUGUUAAGUGGCAUCAUCUUAAAGACUUUAUGAGAUCUGAAUAUGCUACGAGGGAGCAAGCUCAACAGGCAGUCAACACUCUUUCCAACCAGAACCUUAUGGGAAGACUCGUUUACGUUCGAGAGGAUCGUGAGGCCGAACCUCGAUUCACCGGUACUCCAUCAGGAGGCCGCGGCGGUUACGAAGGCGGCGGUCCACCAGGAGGUCGUGGUGGUUUCGGAGGUGGUUUCGGAGGUGGCAUGGCUCCUGGCGGUGGGGCUGGAGGUGGAGGACGUCAAAUUUACGUCUCCAACCUUCCCUACACCGUUGGAUGGCAAGAUCUGAAGGAUCUAUUCCGCGGCGCUGCCCGAAACGGUGCCGUCGUUCGUGCAGAUGUUCAUGUUGGUCCUGAUGGGCGCCCUAAGGGCUCCGGUAUCGUUGCUUUUGAAUCCCCUGACGACGCGCGUAACGCCAUUCAGCAAUUCAAUGGUUAUGAUUGGCAAGGUCGUCCCCUUGAAGUCCGUGAAGAUCGCUUUGCAGGUGCUCAAGGAUUCGGCGGUCCUCGCGGAGGAUUUGGCGGUCGCGGAGGUUUCGGUGGCGGAUUUGGAGGACGUGGAGGCUUCGGUGGUCGUGGCGGAUUUGGCGGUGGAUUUGGAGGAGGUCGUGGCGGCUUUGGAGGAGGUUAUGCUGGGGCUGCUGGUGGAUUCGAUGGUGGUGCUGGAGCUCCCGCAGCUGCACCCAAUCCUUUCACCGAUCACGCCACUGCUGGCACCGAGAGGAGUGAGAUCAUCUAUGUUCGCAACCUUCCAUGGUCCACAAGCAACGAGGAUCUUGUUGAGCUGUUCACCACCAUUGGCAAAGUCGAGCAGGCCGAGAUUCAAUAUGAGCCUAAUGGUCGAUCCCGUGGUACCGGUGUUGUUCGAUUUGACUCCGCGGAGAAUGCCGAUACCGCAAUUGAAAAAUUCUCAGGUUAUCAAUACGGAGGCCGUCCUCUUGGCUUGAGCUUCGUCAAGUACCAAAUCCCCGGUGGGGCUGGUGAUGCCAUGGACACCGAAGUUACUCACCUAACACAAGAUCAAAUUAUGUGA